AUGGUCUCGGAGUCAAAUAAAAAGGAAAAAACGCUGCAUGAAUUGUUUUCUAAUAGCUUCGACCGCUCACCCGAUGGCUCAAUAUUAACUCAUGAACUGAAAACAGUAUUUUCUAUUAUGAUAAUAUGUCUUCCGCUGGAGGAAAAACCAAGAUCAAGUAGCAAUCGACUCUUGAAUUUCGCUAAGAAAAGUUUUCCGUUCACAUUUUCAAUUACGGAGGCUAUUGAUCUACUACAGGAGCUGGAGCUUAAUGUGGAAAUGAAUUCCACUAGUAUCUACAUCAGUUAUUCCAUCAAACCAGAACUGGGAUACCAGCUAUUGAACACUUUUAUGAAAGCUAAAUUACUACAUACACCUGCGGAUAAGACAAGAAGUCGGCCAAAAGAGAACAUUCUUUUGCAGCCGACUCCUAAAGGGGUGGCCGUAACGUGUGAUUAUGCCAGGAAGUUUGCAUUGAAAGAGCUGCCUCCAAUAUUAACUUCAAACUUCAAUACGAUGAAUCUUUUCAAGUUCGAGCGAAAUACGUUAGAUGAUUCUGUCAUUCAAAGCGAAUACUUCAUAAAUCUAUUGUUCAACAAGGUCAUGGGUCCAAAACCUAAUAUAUGGUCCCCAAAAAAUCCAACAGAUAAAAUUCCUAAGCUCUCUGACUUAUUGGAUCAAAGAAGCUCAGAUGUUUUCUCAUUUGAAAAUGUGUCACCAGACUUCGCCGUAAACGAGCUUGGUGAAAACCCUAAAAAUAAUGUUUCAGGAAAUUCACAGUCUCAACAUACUGAAAACAAUCUACAUUCGUUAAACUCUCGACAACUUGAAGAUGAGGACAGAGAAUCUCCGUUUGCAUAUAGAUUUUUUUCAAAUCCAGAUUCUGACUCUCACAUUCAAUAUUAUGUGAGUGAUUGUGGGCUUCGAUUGUUCGGGAACAAAACUUUUGGAAAAGGAAUGUUUAUUGACUACUGUUUCACCACAAAAGCCCUUUGGCAAUGGUUGAUGGAAUGUACUGAUAUAAUGUACCCUAAAGAAUGUGUUGCAGUUGCAGCACUCUUUCUGAAAUACGGCCUAAUUACACCAAUCUUAUUACCUCCCAGUCAAAACAGCAAGAAAAAGUUUCUAAUUUCAAAAACAGCACACUAUACAUUGACCCAAGCCGGUUGGGACGUAAUUCAAUGGGGAGUAGAUGGGCUACCCAAGAUUCCGCAUUUCAUGGACGGGGUUAAAAUCGGAACGGAUACUGAGAAUUAUGGCGGCGUUAAUUGCAGCGUAAAACUCUCCAGUCGUUCACUCCCAGGUAAUUCUCAGCUCAAAAGCGGACAUGAUUUUGGAACCAAAAAUGUAAUGGUGUCGAACUAUGAUGUAAGCUCGGAUUCAAGUUCGAGCUCAGGUACUGGGGACGAUAAUUAUAAUCCUGACGGUUUAAAGUUGCUGUCUCUCAAACAAAUUCUGGCUGAUCCUGGGAUGCGAUAUCUUUUUAGAGAGCAUCUUUGCAAAGACAUGUGUGCAGAAAACCUAGACGUAUACUUUGAAAUAACGAAGUUUUUAAAAAGAAUGUCGGUUCUGCGAAAACUCAUUGAGUCUCGAAACCAGAGCGAACACAAUAAGAUGGAUCUAAGGGAAUGGAAAACUGGUGGUAGUACUAAACUGAAAGAUACAAUUCAAUCAGCUCUUUUAAAACAAACUAGCGAAUGCCUUUCGCUGGUUUACCAUAUUUACUCCUCUUAUAUUGCACUGGGGUCUCCGUAUCAACUUAAUAUUGAUCAUAACGUUAGAGAAACAAUUACUGGAAUAAUAUUCCACCCUCAGUCUCCAACUAAAACUGCGUUCGACACUUCAGGCAAGGAAAAUUGUUCAAGAGCCAUUUCGGAUGCAUCUGUUAAUAGACCCUUAAGCCUCGAUCCUGCUGCCCGGAAGAAAUGCGUGGAGCAUAAAGUACAAUCCCAUAGUAACACGUCAAUGCCAUUGGCGCCGACACCUCUUAAUAAGGGUACUGAGUCAUACGUCAUUAUUCAUGCUAUAUCAAUGUUGAAGGAUUUGUAUCAGUUACUGGAAAAAAUCAGAAAUACCGUAUUUAUCAUGAUGAAGAACGACUCUUUGCCCAAAUUCCUGGCAACAGAAUCGUAUAGGGACGCAAUUUCAUUAAUAACUGCUAACAAGUAG